GCUGGCCGCUAACGUCAGUCUCCAUGGAAUCGCCGGUGUCCUCCGCUUCGGGGCUUCUGCCCGGACGUUUUUCAGCUCUGCCGUGAUCCUAGACGAGUCCAGACUGAGGGUUAGGCUCUCCUGGCUCUCUAAGUGGACUUCCCGAUGUGGACCGGACGCGGGAGAUGGAGGUGGCCUUGAACAGGCAGGGAAGGUGGCAUGUCGGGCUUCCCCUUGGCGACAUCACCCACUUGCCCCAGCUCUCUGGGGGGCUCCCGGGUACCGGGCCUGAAGGAAACCUGCUCUACCUGAUUUGGAGAAAGAUGCACUUGUUCCGCAGCUGUAGCUAUCAGAUCCAGCUGGAGGGGCAGGCGGGCGGCACCCCGAGGAUCCAGGGCAUCCGAUGGACCCCUCUUCCGGACAGUGAAUCAGCCUUGGUGCCCAGCCACAACCUGAAGCAGGUAUCAUCAAACAAAAUCCAGAAGGCGGGGAGGCUCCUUGCUGCACACUUAGUAAUCACGCACCCAGACCUGAUCCGUGAUCACAAGCACCACCUCCGGCUUUACAGGCAGUGCUGCUCUGGCAAGGAGCUAGUGGACGCGCUGCUCAGCGCGGGGCUCUCGGUGCAGACCCGCAGCCAAGCCCUGGGGCUCUGCCAGGUGCUGAUGGAUGAAGGAGUCUUGGCUCAUGUACGGCAAGAGAGUUAUUUCCAAGACCGCGAUGCCCAGUUUUUCCGUUUUGUCGCCCUGGAGCCAAGGGCCGGGGACCACGAUGGAGAGGAGCUCCUGGAGGCACUGGCGUUGCUCUCCCAGCUGGGCCCGACUGCCUUGCUUACCACCAUCCUGCGCAAACCCCCUGGCCACCGCACUGACGAGGAGCUUGCACUGAUCUUUGAAGAACUCCUGCACAUCAAAGCAGUCGCCCAUCUCUCCAAUUCCGUAAAGAGAGAACUGGCUGCUGUGUUGCUGUUCGAGUCCCAUGCAAAGGCUGGAACUGUGUUGUUCAGCCAAGGGGACAAGGGCACGUCCUGGUAUAUCAUCUGGAAGGGAUCGGUCAAUGUUGUCACUCACGACAAGGGAUUAGUGUCCACCCUCCACGAGGGCGAUGACUUUGGGCAGCUGGCACUGGUGAACGACGCCCCCCGGGCAGCCACCAUCCUCCUCCGCGAAGACAACUGCCACUUCCUGCGUGUGGACAAGCGGGACUUCAAUCGUAUCCUCAAGGAUGUCGAAGCCAACACCCUGCGGCUGAAGGAGCAUGGGAAGGUGGUGCUAGUUCUGGAGAAGAAUUCGCAAGGCGGUAGCUCCAGUCACCUUCCUGGGACUCCAGGGAGCAGUAGAUACACAGUUAUGGCUGGGCCCCCUGAAAAGAUUCUGGAUUAUCUGCUGGAAACCAUGCGUUCAGACUCGACGCUCUCUGACCCCGUAGACACCUUCCUUGGAGAUUUUCUCUUGACGCACAACGUGUUCAUGCCUACACCACAGCUGUGCAGAAUUCUGCUCGAACACUUCCAUGCGGAGCCUUCCGAUGGCACGGAACACGAUAAGGCUGCGUACGUCCUGAGCAAAAGGCAGAAGAUCCUUUGGCUGGUGAACCAGUGGGUGAUGCUGUACGGACGCUUGCUGCAGGCAGAAUCCAGCGGCUUGGCCUUCUUGCAGAACCUUUCAGAAUGUGCGGCCCGGGACACUCGUUUGGGUCCCAUCCUGAGGGAGCAGCUGCAGGAUCAUCGAAGGAACCGAGUGUUAGAAAAUGGCAACAGCCAUACCCUGUCUCCAAAACUUCAGGUGAGGAGUGCUGUGGACUGGUUUGCCAGCCAGGAGGAGCCAUUUCUGAACAGCAGCUACACCAUCCGAGCUCAGGACAGAAUUGCCUAUGACAUAUAUCGGCCAGACUAUUCCUGCCUCCCUACGGUGCUGGCGGUGAACACUCCUGUGCAGGAAGUCCUUGCCUCGCUGGCAGACAAUCCCGGCUGGAGCAAAGAAUGGAUCCUAGUCAAGGUCAAUUCAGCAGGGGAUAAAGAGGUUUUGCCCAUGGAGUCCAUUGGUGUGUUUACGUCCCUGGGGUUGAACGAGAGGCUCUUUGCGGUUAGCCUUCAGGAACUUCACACCUUGGCCCCUCACCCUGAGCAGCUAGGCCCCACUGUGGGCUCUUGGGACAGCCUAGAUUUCAUCAGUUCCAAGGAUCUCUCCAGUCAGAUCACCGAGCACGACUGGAACCUCUUCAAGAGCAUCCAUCAGGUGGAGCUGAUCUACAGCAUUUUUGGGCCACAGAAGUUCCCCAGCGCAACCACGGCCAACCUGGAGCGCUUCCUGCGUCGCUUCAACGAACUGCAGUUUUGGGUCACCACGGAGCUCUGCCUUUGCCCAGACGUCAUGAAGAGGGCCCAGCUGCUCCGCAAAUUCAUCAAGCUGGCUGCACACCUGAAGGACCAGAAGAACCUGAACUCCUUCUUCUCAGUGAUGUUUGGCUUGGGCCACUCCAGUGUCAGCCGCCUCUCUAGGACGUGGGAGCUUCCCACAUCCUGGAAAAUAUCCCCCCACGUGGGCCAAGCAAAGGAUGUGAUGAACAGCACUUUACAGAUGUGUGGAAACCAGCGGAUGACUCAGCAGGUCCCAGCGAAGGAAGCUCAGCUUGAUCUCGCUGGGCUCGGGAUUCGUCCCCAAACGCCCAUUGGAUAUAU